AUGCCGAAGCGUCACCGUCAGCCGGAGCCGAUCGACAUCGAAAGCACGUCCCGUGACCGGAGCAACCACGAGUGCUACGACAAGAGGCGGCGUAACAGUGAUGCGAUCUUGAAGAGCUCGACGGCUCUUCGAGCUUCCUCGGCUGCCGCCACCUCCACUGCCUCUGGAACUGAGCGCGCCGAUUCCGUUUACUCCCCAGGUGAGAUAGAGCUGGCCGAGAAGAUCCGCAAGAAAGCCAAGGACUUCCCCGCCACGCCCGAGUCACUGGUGCGACAUCGCCGGCAACUGGAGGCGCACGCCAAGCGACGUCGCAUCUCGUUCGACAAGGACGGCCAACCUGUCGGCGAUGACAACGUCUCGGGAGAGGCGGCACUGGGCUCGCAGCAAAGGCGCCCUGUGCUGAUGCCGGGUAAGGUCUCUUUUCCAUCUCUUCCAGGCCGAGCUUCUUCGGCUGCAUCGAAAGGCCUCGAUCUCGCCAGCCACGACGAAGAGGAAGAUGAUGAUGACGACAUCGACUUCAGCUCCAACGACUACGUUGGAGAUGACGGUAACCAACCUAGCAGCGAUGACUAUGCGCUCGGCGGCGGAAGCGAGGGCGACAGCGCUGCGGAGGAAGAAGAGGCGGAGCUGCGCCAGCUACGGAAGUCGGUUGCUGCUGCUGCUGCCCAGCGACGCCAGAAGAUAGGCGAAGGUGAUGAAGACAGCAGCGAUGAAAGUGAUGGCGGCAGCGACAAUGGCGAGGGGGAUGAGGUGCCUGAUGAUAGCAGUCCGCUGGGCAGCAGCGACGGUGACUCGGGGGACUCCUCCGAUAUGGAUGAAGAAGGCGAGUCGAACAAUGACUUGUCCGACUUUGGUAGGGAGCAUGAUAACGACGAAGAGAGCGAGGAGGAAGAGGAGAACAGCGCUGGUGGCGUUUGGGGCACGCGCCGUCGCGGCGGCGGCGGCGCCGCUGGGCAGAGCAGUGACGAAUACGACGAUGAUGACGGCGGCGGCGAUGGUCUUGUGACUGUCGACUUUGGCGUGUUUGACAUGGAGGCAUCUAACGUCGAUGGACUUCUCCACCUGAUGGAUCAGCUCUGCCCCGACCGAAUGAACGAGGUGGACCGUGAUGAGCUGGGGCUGGCACUGUACGAGAGCCCCUUCACCAGCGUCGUGCGCCUGCAGAACAACGGCGAGGAUGCCACAGGGGAGGAGGCGCAAGAGUUCUAUGGCCUUUCCUCUGUGCUAGACGUCGCACACGGGCAGUCGCUCUACCCCGCGGCACUGCGUCCGCUCUAUGGGCUGUUGCAGCAGCGCGUGUGGCGGCAGGCGGCACCAGGCAUUCCACCGACAGACAUCUUGACGAGCGUUGUGGACGGCGGCCCCGCUGCGUCGUCGCGCGCCAAGUGCCUUCUGCUCAUCUCCGAGUACAUCCGCAACAUCCCGCUAGAGCUGACAGUGCAGAUUCUCGAGGACGUGCUUGAUCGCUUAGAUGCCGCCGGCCAGCAGGAGAAAAAAAAGAUUCAGGCGCAGACGGCGGGGGAGGCCAUGGCGACGCACGAGCAUCCCAUCUUUGCAACUCACCCGAGCAUGUUUGCCGUGCUGGCGAAGGUCCAGCGUGCCACAGAUGCGCCGGUGACACUGCCGAAGCAUGCCGUGCCAUCCUCAUCUGGCGGCGGCUCUGAAGGGGCUGGGAGUGGCGGCGACGCAGCCGCUGUAGCUCACCGGAAGCAUCACAAUGGUGGAAGCCAUAACACUAAGAAAGGGAGCGAGGGGGCUAAUGGAAGUGUCAGCGGCGGCGCGACGGGUGCUCCCGACUCCCCGCUCGACCUUACACACUACAUCUUCUGGCGCGAAGAGGACAAUAUCCUCUACGAACUCCGCGACAAGCGGGUUGCCACCCUCGUCUACCGCUGCCGCCCCCAGUACGACGGCCAGCCGGAGCACGAAGUACCGCUCUCACUUCUCUUUGUGCUGCAGUACGGCGCUGUGCGGCAGGCGGUGGACAAGAUGCGGCGGCGGCAAAUGCUCAAGGCAGCCGUGGAGCGAUACUGA